AUGGGUUUCGAGCUACUGCCAGCUACUAAAGAGGACUUUAAGUUCUUCAUUCCUCCGUUGUUUAAGGCUAUGGGCCUUGCCCACUUCGUUGCAACCCUAUGGCCCGAUAACCAAACCGAGCAAGGUCAACAGCGUGCAAUUGAAAGAUUCAUGGCGGAGAUGGACGGCCAUCCAGGUAUCAGGUGGAUCAAAGCUGUUGAUACCACAGCUACCGAAGCAGACGGUAGCCCAAAGAUUGUAGGCGUUGCGCAGUGGGCCGUUUUCGAGGCCAGCAAAACCUACCGAGAGGUCCCUUAUUACGCGCCUGAUGAUAUUUGGCCCAAUGAACUAGAGAAGGACUAUGCGAUCCACCUCUGGGAGAGUUAUAUUCAACCGAGGCGAAAAGUACUGCGGGAAGAUACUCUUCCAGUUGCCAACUUGCAAAUUCUUUGCGUAUGGCCUGAGUAUCGUAAACGCGGUGCUGGAGGUCAGCUAGUGGACUGGGGCAAUAGAAUGGCUGAUGAGUUGAAUGCCGUGUGUGUGGUCGAGGCAUCGGGGAUGGGCCAGCCACUCUAUGAGAAAUUUGGAUAUGAGGUGCAGGAACUAGUAGGACUCAAGGAUGAUGCAAGGUUUAAUCAUAGAAUGGAUGGCACGAUCCAUCGCUUCAUGAUGAGAGCAAGGCAAGUAGCUGCCCAGUCUUCGCAAUAG